ACAAUUCCUAAAUCAUUUUGAACUUUGUUCUUAAAGCAGUAAAGUGUGAUUGAUCGGUUGUGAAGGGUUUAUAUCCAAUUUUAUUUGUAAUAAUUGUUGAUCAGAGUCAUCGAUGGAGGUUGGAGUGGAUAAUUCACCGGAGAUCGUCGGAGUUGCGAUGGAGUUUCCGGUCGUCGACGGUGCAGGGUUAUCAUCGCCUCCAAUUUUACCGCCUAGGCUUCGCCGAAGACUAACAGAAACAAAGGCGUCUCCUUCUAGUGUUGAAGAAAUCGAAGCUAAGCUUCGGGAUGCAGAUCUUCGUAGACAGAAAUUUUAUGAGCAUUUAUCAAGCAAAGCAAGGCCAAAGCCCAGGAGUCCUCCACAAUCUGCAUAUGAGGAAAAUCUUGGUCAACGUCUUCAGGCGAAGCUCCUAGCUGCUGAACAGAAGAGGUCUAGCAUUUUGGCAAAAGCCCAGUUGCGUCUAGCAAAGCUUGAUCAGUUGAGGCAAGCAGCAAGAACUGGAGUAAAAGUGCGUGUGAAGAAAGAAUGUCAAGAACUUGGUACAAAAGUGGAAUUAAGAGUAAGGCAAGCAGAAACAAACAGAAUGAGAAUCUUGAAAGCAUACAGACAAAGAAGGGCCACAUUAAGGGAAAGGACAUCAGAAUCUCUUAUAAGAAGGAUUGCAAGAGAGAGUAAGUAUAAAGAGCGUGUUUGUGCUGCUAUUUCUCAAAAAAGGGCAGCUGCUGAACAGAAAAGAUUAGGAUUACUUGAAGCUGACAUGGAAAAAGCACAUGCUAGGCUUUUACAAGUAAGAAAGGUAGCCAAGUUGGUCUCUCAGCAGCGAGAGAUUGAGAGGAGGAGAUUGAGGGAGACUUUGGAAGAUAAACUACAAAGGGCAAAGAGACAGAGAGCAGAAUACCUAAUGCAAAGAGCAAGGCUACACAAUACUAUAGGUGCAAAUUGGUCCAAGAAAAUGCAGAAUCAAGCUGACAAUCUUUCUAGAAAAUUAGCAAGGAGAAACACCACCCCCAGAAGUGCUGCUGCUGCCCGGAGUAGACACACAAAGAAACCAGUGGCUGCCCGAGCUGCCCCCAAGUCACCAGUUAAGUUAUCAAGGUACCAAGUCAGAAUAGUCCUAUGUGCAUACAUGAUUCUUGGUCACCCUGAUGCGGUUUUUAGUGGGCAAGGGGAGCGUGAGUCUGCUUUAGCCAAUUCUGCAAAGAAAUUUAUCCAAGAAUUCGAGUUGUUGAUUAAUAUAAUAUUAGAUAGACAUCAAGAAUCAAACACUAGAAGCACAUUCAGAUCGCAGCUUGAAGCUUUUGAUUCUGCAUGGUGUGCGUAUCUGAAUAGCUUUGUGGUAUGGAAGGUGAAGGAUGCUGAAUCUUUAGAGGAGGAUUUGGUGAGGGCUGCAUGCCAGAUGGAAAUUUCCAUGAUGCAAAAAUGCAAACUUACACCUGAAGGAGAUAAUGCUGAUCUUACACAUGAUAUGAAAGCUAUUCAGAAACAGGUUACAGAAGAUCAGCAACUAUUGAGGGAAAGAGUAAUGCACCUGAGUGGAGAUGCAGGAAUAGAACGCAUGAGGAAUGCUCUUUCUGAUACACGAACAAAAUACUUUGAAGCAAAGGAGAAUGGUAGCCCUGUUGGUUCACCAGUGCCACAUAUACCCCCAUACAAUGCUGACUCAGACAAAAGAAACAGAAGUGAAGAAGAGCCUAGCCGUGUGGUUCGUUCCCUAUUCCAAGAUGAUGCUUCCAAACCACUACAAAAAGAUGUGGGCCCCUCUGGUGCCAGCAAUCAUUCUGUCAGCAUGGAGAAUGAGUUGAUUGUGAAUGAAUUUGUUCAUGGGCAACACUAUUCAUCUGCCAACAGUUUGAAUGCUAGUGAUGAGGACCAGACAAUGGUGAAGGUACGACAAACAAUGGAAAAAGCUUUCUGGGAUGGAAUCACGGAUUCCAUUCAUCAGGACAAAUACGAUCGGGUUGUGGAAUUGAUGAAGGAAGUGAGGGAUGAACUUUGUGAGAUGGCUCCUCAGAGUUGGAAACAAGAAAUCAUUGAAACAAUUGAUGUUGUUAUUCUUUCACAGUUGUUGAAUUCUGGAAGUUUAGACAUGGAGUAUCUAGGGAAAAUUAUGGAGUUUGCAUUAGUCAGCCUACAGAAACUUUCAGCUCCAGCAAAUGAAAACAAUCUUAAAGAAUCCCACAAAAAAGUCUUACAAGAACUAGCCGAUAUAUGCCAAAAAGACAAUUCUAACCAUUCACAUGCCAUAGCAUUGGUUAAAGGCUUACGCUUUGUACUAGAGCAGAUACAGGUGCUGAAGCAAGAAAUUAGCAGUGCCCGUAUAAAGAUAAUGGAACCGUUACUAAAAGGGCCCGCUGGUUUGGAGUAUUUAGGAAAAGCAUUUGCAAAGCGAUUUGGUCAACCAUCCGAUGCGUUGACUCACCUUCCGUUGACUUUCAGAUUGCUUUCUUCAAUAGGGUCAACCUUUAAUCAGGAAUGGAGUGACCACAAACAGACCCUUGAAAGUUUGCAAGAUGGUUUACCUAAGGUGGUUGUUCCUUCUACUGCUCUUAGAACUGGUGGAAGCUUCUCUAAUGGAUUGCAAACUUCAUCCUCUGUUUCUAAUUCUAUAACAGAUGCUGAUGCUGCAGAUAAUCAGUACUCAGAGUGCAAGGGAGAGAAGCGUGAUUUGUUAGUGAGACUCGGUUUGCUGAAGCUGGUGAAUGAUGUUUAUGGUGUGACUCAGGAGGAGUUGCCCGAAACAUUAAAGCUCAACUUUCUCAGGCUGAGGGUUGUUCAGGCCCAACUUCAGAAGAUCAUUGUCACUGCUACAAGCAUACUAGUUCUUCGACAAACACUUGUAAUGGAGCAAAUGAUAUCAACACCCGAAGAGAUGGAAGCCACAAUACAAAAAUGUUCAACAGAGCUUUUACAGAUCCUAGACACAAUGGAAAACGCAGGACUUGAAGAAAUUGUUCAAGUUCUGAACAAAACGGCAGACAAAUUCGAUAAGUCCAAUGAUCUAACAGAAGCCGAAUCAAGAAGACUGGUGAUGGCAAGAAUGUUGAGAAAAAGUGUACAAGCCGAUGACUCUGUGUUUGUGAAGGUGUCUAGGGCAGUGUAUUUGGCUACCAGAGGGGUGUUACUUGGCGGCAACCAUGGGAGGAGAUUGGCGGAGAUGGCACUCCGGCAGGUUGCGGCGGUGGUUCUUACCGAUAGAGUGGUGGAGGUUGGGAAGGUGUUGGGGGUGAUGGCAAGUGUGAGUGGGAGUGUUCAUGGAGCGUGGUAUGAUAAGUUGGUUGAGAAUGUGUGAGUAGUUGUGUUGUUUGGUUUGUGAUUUGUACAUAUAUAAACAUGGUCAGUGGUGUGGGAUUUUUAAGUACAUGAUUUGUGUAGAAAAUGUGGUAGUAAAUAGUGCAAGGGAGGAGGUAUGUGUAAAUUUGCUACUAAAUCCGUGUAUGUAAAGGGCAUGAAUAAAAAAAUGUUUAGUGA